AUGGACGUACCACAGACCACAGAGGCUGCCAUUGGGCGGCCCAGCGUCCACUCGGCAACCAAGGGUCCUCAGGCAGAGCGGACCGGGCUCCAUGACCUGAGCCCUGUCAGGCGCGACUCCCCCGGCACUCCCUGCUGCGCCGACAUCGUCAAUCAUUCGGGCGACGUUGCUGAUCGCGCACGCCCCGGCGACAGCCACGACACGGAAGAUGUCAAGGAUCUCCUCCCGAUAACCCAGCUCUUGUUGAAGCUGCGCUCAUCGCACGAGCGCAAGGAGGUGGAAGCCGAAGAGAAGCUGCUGGACCAGGCUGUCGCCGAGGCCGACGCCUUGGGCCGCCUCCUGGCUCGCAGCAUGGCGUCCUGCGCCCUGCAGAAGGCCCUCGCCGCGGACGCGCAGGCAGCCGCGGGUGCGCAGACAGACUCGCUGCAGGCUCAGCUGCAGGCCGUGAAUGUCAGGUCGUGCGCCGCCGCCAAGAACGUGGCCCGGCUGACCAUGGAGCUGUCUGCCGCCAAGCACCGCCUGGGCGUGCAGAGGGUGAAGACGGAGGCGGUGGACUCCCAGCGCUCGGCAGCGGACGAGCGCCGCGAACGUGCAGAGUCUGUGCUGCGCCUGACCGUGGCCAAGGCUGACCGCCUCGAGGCGGAGCGAGAUGCUGUGCAGGCGGGCCGCAACGCGGCCCUAGCAGGGCUGGAGGAGGCGCAGAAGGAGCGCGACGCGGCGAUCGCGCUGGCCGCGCGCAUGCGCGAGGCCGGCAAGGCCAUCACGGAGGCCAACAGGGAGCGGGAGGAGGCUGCCAGGGCCAGGGUCCAGGCAGACAAGGACAGGGUGGACGCAUGCUGGGCCAGGUCCGAGGCCGACAAGGCGAGGGAGGCUGCCGAGGAGGCUAGCGUGGCGGUAGCCCGAGCGACAGCGGAGGCCGUCAAGGCGUUUGCGGAGGCCGACACGGAGAGGGCAAAAGCUGCCGAGGCCAGGGUCCAGGCAGACAAGGACAGGGUGGACGCAUGCAGGGCCAGGUCCGAGGCCGACAAGGCGAGGGAGGCGGCGGAGGCCAGCAAGGCGGAGGCAGCCGCUGCGAGGAGGGAGUUUGAGGAUCGCAUCCAGUCCCCUUUCCUGAUCUCGGCCAAGAGGACGGCCAGUAUUGCCAUCAAGGCUUUUGCCUUUGACAAGGCCGACUGCCCCCAAGACACCCCAGCCGAUCGCAAGGAUGGCGGGCGGCCCAAGCGCAGCAGCUGGCGCACGCUCCUCUGUGGGCGGAAGUCGGCCACGCUCGACUGA